GACUGUAAUCCACAUCAAUGGAACUAUGGGGAAUACUGUAAAUGUAGGAAGUAAAAAAUGACCAGACCACAUGGUCGCGGGUACUCGAUGCGCCGGAGAAACUACAAAGCAGAAAACGUGAUCCCGUUGCAUUACAUAUUCCCCUUCGCUUGCGAAUUGCAAAAAUAGCACAGGAACCCUUCCUGGCAUAUUUGCUUCCUUACCCUGCAUCCCUUCAAGAUCGCUCGCAUGCAUCACGCAACGAUGUUCUAGGAAUCACAAACCCCCGACGUACAUCGUUAAUAAUGAAACUCCCGGACGGGAAGGGUUGAGCAGGAAUCAUUGCGUUCACGUACGAUUGCUCAAGGGUGGUCGGAAGACGCACAUGCGCACGUUUAUCAGUUCACCCUCGGCAGACACGCUCAGUCUUCGGUGCUCAGUAUCGUCGUGAUUUCGUCAUUGCCAUGCACGAUCGUUCGAGACCCUUCAAGUCCACGACGGACGGCUGGAACUAUAGCAUCCAGCUGAACCGUUGGUUCCUGAAACCGAUCGGCGCGUGGCCGCUGUCUCUUUGCGAGACCACGAUGGAGAAAAUAAGCUGUGUGAUCCUGAUAAUAAACAGUUGCUUCCUCAUAGGAUUUCUGCUGCUCCCAUGCACGCUCUGCACGAUCCUGGUGGCCGCUGAUCUCGACAGCAAACUCCGGAUGGUCGGUCCGCUAAGCUUCUUCCUCAUGGCCGUGGUGAAGCACUACAUCCUCAUCGCCCGCAACGGAAACAUCGGCGAGUGCAUUCGGCACGUCCAUUCGGACUGGAGCCGCGCCGAGUUGGGCCACGAGAAGGACCGAGAGAUCAUGUUCGACAGUGCCCGGUUCGGCAGAUGGCUGUCCUUCGUUAGCGCAGCCUUCAUGUAUUCCGGUGGCUUGUUUUACACCGCGCUGAUGCCGCUCUUCGCGGAAAGAACGGAGCUUAUCGACAACGAGACAGUGAAGCUGCACGCCUUCCCGGUCUACCGCGGCCUCUUCGACCCACGGGACAGCCCGUCCUUCGAGGUCGUACAGUUCCUACAAGCUCUGGCCGGUUACGUCAUUUACACGAUCACCAUCGGAGUUUGCAGUCUGGCCGCAGUUUUUGUCAUGCACGCAUGCGGACAGUCCCAGAUUCUCAUGCUGAAGAUGGAGGACCUCGCGGACGGCAAGGCGAGAAAAAGCGCCAGUAGUACGUCCGAUGGGAGACUCGGCGACAUCGUCAAGGGUCACAUUAGGAUACUUAGUUUUAUCACUCGCACUGAGAAACUUUUGAACGAGAUUUGCCUCGUGGAUGUAGUCGGGUGCACGCUCAACAUAUGUUUCCUAGGAUUCAAUAUGAUGACGUGUAUACAGAUCGGAAUAAAGUCUUACAUGAUAGAUUGGUACCGUAUGCCGGGUAAAGGAGCACUCGGUUUAACGUUAGUGAUGUCCAUGUCCAAUACAACGACCAAACUCACAGCCGGAAAAUUCAUGGACUUAUCUUUGGCCAGUUUCUGUAGUCUCUGCCGUUGGAUCCUAAAGCCGAUCGGCAUAUGGCAUUUCGUCUACAGCCGCUCGUCGCAAAAUGAGAAACUACUGUCGACCACGUUGAUAUUCACGUGCGUCUCCGUGCUGUGCUUCGUGCUCGUGCCUUCCGGUCCGUAUGUCCUGUUCCGUGAGAAGGACAUUUAUGUGAAGGUGAAGCUCUUAGGCCCGGUCGGCUUCUGCUUAACCUCCGCAGUCAAAUACUGCUUCCUUGGUACGCGCAGUACAGCGAUCGGCAGGUGCAUUGAACACGUAGAGGACGACUGGCGGGUCGUCCGACACGCGGACCAUCGCAAGAUGAUGCUGAAGAACGUGCUGGUGGGUCGCAGACUUACCACGCUCUGCGUGCUUUUCCUUUACUCAGGCGGGUUAUUCUAUCACAUAUUCAUGCCGUUGUCCGCGAAAGUGAAGAUAAACGAUACCUUUACGAUCAGACCGCUGGUGUAUCCUGGGUAUGACCAGUACUUCGAUUAUCAGGCCAGUCCGGCUUACGAGAUCGUCUUCUGCAUACAUUGCCUGUCCUCUAUUAUCCAAUACACCAUCACGACUGCAGCGUGCAGCUUGGCCGCAAUUUUCACGACCCACGCGUGCGGACAGGUGCAGAUACUAACGACGCUUUUAGAUGAUCUGGUCAACGGGGAAAGGAGCGACGAGAAUACCACCAUGGUAAAACGUCUGAGAGUGAUAACGAGGCAUCAUGUGCGAGUGCUAAGAUUUACAGCCGAUGUGGAGGAAGUGUUGCGCGAAACAUGCUUAAUGGAACUGGUGGCUGCGACCUUGAUCUUAUGCUUGCUGGAAUAUUAUUUCAUGAUGGAAUGGGAAAAUAGCGACGCUAUUGCCAUUGUCACAUACUUCAUUAUAUUGGUCUCCUUGACGUUCAAUAUUCUGAUAUUUUGUUACAUCGGCGAAUUACUAGUAGAAGAGUACAGCAAAAUUGGUUCAGCCGCGUACGAAGUUAAUUGGUACGAUUUACCUGGACAUAAAGCUCUUGACCUAUUAAUGAUUAUCGCGAUAUCACAUUACCCACCGAAACUUACGGCUGGCAAAUUCUUCGAUUUAUCCCUCAAUACUUUCAGCACGGUGAGUUCCACAGAUAAUUAUUAUUAACGUUUAAAUUUUUUUUA